GCCGUAGAGCAACGCUAGGGACGUUCGCAAUCGUGCUCUCUUUUCUCUGUUUUAGGCUCCGUCAGUUAUCGGAAUCUAUUACUCGUCUCUGGCGGACGAUAUCUCCUUUACUUUCCCCUUCCACUAUGAACAAAAGAACAGCACAUGGCGGGGGCGGCGGGGAAGGAUGUGGCUUGUUGGAGAGACUCCCAAACAGCAUAAUCAACGAGAUCCUUGGAAAAUUGGAAUUGGAAACACUCUGCUCCGCAGCUUGUGUAUCCCGUACCCUCCGCUCCUCUGCCUCUCAAGUCCUUUCCUCUCUCACCACUCUUGAUCUCUCCUCGUUUUCUCCAGAUGUGCGGACUCUGGAACACAUUCUGCAUCGGUGCAGUGCCCUCAAAAGGGUUACUGUCGAUUGCCUCCGUCUUGGUGAUUCUUCCGUUCGCAGUUUUCUUGGAGAGCAAAUCGAGGAAUUGAAUUUGUUGAAGGGUUCCUCGUUGUCUUAUCAAGUUCUCUUUUCCAUUGGUCGAAAGUGCCCUAAUUUAAGGGUACUGGUGGUAGAAUUGGCGGGCUGGGACGUUCCAAAGAUAUUCACGAGAUGCUUUAUGCAUAUGCUUAAUAGAUGCUCAUACUUAGAGUCUCUUUGUAUAAAGAUUCGAGGGUCAGAGCUUGAUGCAAGUGGUUUCCGAUCCUCUGUACUGUCUGUGCCCAAUACUGUCAAAGUUCUGAAGUUGCAGCCACUGCUUAUAGAAGAUGCCAUCAGUUUCAUAAACGACCUCCCAUAUGGAAGAAACGCUUUGAAUGACUCAUUCGAUCUCAGCAUCCCCUUCUACCCACUCUCACCUCGAUUCACGCUGCAGAAGUUAUCACUUGUUGUGGAUGUUAUAUCCGAUGAGCUUAUCAUCUCCAUUAGUAAUUUUGUCCCUUUGUUGGUUGAGCUGGAUCUUGAAGACAGGCCAUGCUCAGAGCCGCAGCUGCCCAAGGACUUGACAAACAGUGGGCUCCAGCGCUUGGGGUCUUGUCAGCAUUUGAUUGCUCUCUCUCUUAUACGGAGUAAACUGAACUGCCAAGUAUCUUUCAAGGCAGUAAAUGAUAUGGGCAUGUUUCUCCUUUCUGAGUCCUGCAAAGGCCUACAAGCAGUGAGACUUGGUGGAUUCUCUAAAGUUAGUGAUGCGGGUUUUGCGGCAAUUUUACUCUCCUGCCGAAACUUGAAAAAAUUCGAAGUCCGCAAUGCAUCACUGCUAUCAGACUUGGCAUUUCUUAAUGGGGCCCUGCCUUCCCUUGUUGACAUGAAAUUGUGGUCUUGCAGUCUUAUAACUAGCGAAAGUGUUAAUGAAUUGGCUUCUUCUAGUGACUUGGAAGUACUUGACCUUUCUGGGUGCAGGAGCAUUGCAGAUUCCUGCCUUAGUCGUGUCACAUCCCUUCAUAGACUGACUACGCUCAAUAUAGGGGGCUCUGAUAUUACCGAUGGUGGUCUGGCUAUUAUCGGCAGAGGGAAUUCUCCCAUCACCCAUCUGUGUCUGAGCUGCUGUAAGAGGGUAACUGACAAGGGGAUUGCUCUUUUAUUUAGUGGUGGAGAGAGAAUCAGAGAGAAGUUGUUGGCCUUGGAUGUGGGUUACAUUCCAGGAAUAUCAGACAAGGCUAUUUUCACUAUUGCUGAAUUUGCUCCAAGUGUUACAGAACUCUGUAUUAGGUAUUGCUAUUCUGUGACCGAUGCAUCGUUGGAAAUAUUGGCCACAGAGAGAAGGUUUGAAGAUGGAAAAAAACUAGUACUUCGGAGGCUUGAUCUUUGUAGCUGCGUUGGGUUGUCUGUUAAAUCAUAUGAGUUGCUGAAGAAGCCCUUUUUCUCUGGUUUGAAGUGGCUUGGUGUUGGGCGCACACAAUUGACUAGUAAGGGAAUGGCAAUUUUCACAGAGAUUCGCGAGGAGCGACCGUGGCUGACUCUCUGUCUGGGAGGCUGUGAAAUGGGAUGUCAUGAUGGGUGGCAAUUCCACAGAGCUGAUUGUUACCAAGAAGGACUUUCCUGAAGUCUAGAAAUGAAACACAAUAGUCCCUUUAUGUGGCUGCGAUUCGACGCUCCUUUAUUUUACCCAUUUCUCAAAAUCGAAAGUUAAUUGAAAGACGGAGACUGAAGUGAAUUGAAUUGUUCGAAACCAUCUUCAUUUAGGAUUUGAUUGACAGAUCAUCCGACUUUGUUUUGGUCA